UAUUCGUUUUCUUAUGGACGCGGAGGUCUCCUGCCUUAGCCAUGCUCUGCAACUCCAUGCUCUGAUCCUCAAGACCGGCGGCGACCACCGCCAUCCCCACUCCCUCGCAUUCUCCCACCCCGGCCGCUCCUCCGCCACUGUCAAUGCCGUCGUCCGAUGUUACGCUCGGUCCGACCGCCCGCGGGAAGCACUCCUCUUCUUCUACUUCCACCUCCAGCGGUCCGGCCCCACCCCGGACCCCUUCGCCCUCGCACUCCUCCUCUCCUCGUGCGCCCGCCUCCGUGUCGCAUACGAGGGCCGCCAGCUCCAUGCCCUAUCCCUCAAGCGCGGCUUCUCCUCCAACCGUCGCGUGCAGAACUCACUCAUCCACAUGUACUCUGCCUGCGGCUCCCUCGACCACGCCGCCCAGGUGUUCGAUAGGGUGCCCGAGAGAGACGUCGUCUCUUGGACCUCCAUGAUCAACGGAGCGGUCGAGGCGAACCGACCGCUUCACGCGCUCCACUUGUUCGACUCCAUGCAGAGGCAUGGAGUCGAACCAAAUGACGCGACGAUCGUAGCUGUGCUCAGAGCCUGUGCGGAAGCAGGAGCUCUGGGCCUCGGCCGUCGGGUGCAUGAGAUGGCUGUACGGGCAAGGCUGGAUUCUAAGGCUAAGGUCGCAACGUCCCUGAUAGACAUGUACACCAAAUGUGGCUGCAUUUCCAGUGCCGAGAGGCUGUUUGAGAAAAUGCCAAACAGGGAUCUGUUCGCAUGGACAGCCAUGCUUUUUGGCCUUGCAAAUCAUGGGAGGUGUGAGGAUGCUCUGAGACUGUUUUACCAGAUGUUGGAAGAUGGAGUGAGGCCUAAUGAUAGGACGAUAACAGCUGUGCUCAGCGCUUGCCGUAAUGCUGGAAAGGUUGCAGAGGGAUACCGUAUCUAUAAUUACAUGCACCGCUAUGGGUUGAGGCCGAGGAUUCAGCAUUAUGGGUGCAUGGUUGAUCUACUUGCCCGGGCUGGGCAUUUGGAUGAAGCAGAAGGAUUUCUUCGAAGGAUACCGAUAGAACCUGAUGGUAUCAUGUGGAGGACUCUGAUCUGGGCCUCGAAGUUACAUGGAAAAUUUAACCAUGCUGAGCGUUUCAUGAAUGAAUGGAAGGUGCUUGAAAAGAAUUCCACAAAAAGUGAAAAUUUUGUGCUGAUUGGCAACAUGUAUGCAUCUAUUGGGAAGUGGGAGGACAAGGCAAAAGUUAGGGAGCUAAUGCUUGCCAGAAGAAUUAACAAAGUACCUGGUUAUAGUAGGAUAGAAGUUAAUGGCAUAAUCCAUGAGUUUGAGGCUGGUGAUAGUGGGCACCCCGAAGCAAAGAGGAUAUAUGAGAAAAUUAACGAGAUGACAGAGAAUCUGAGGUUAGAAGGUUUCACUCCGAAAGCAUCAGAGGUGUUGCUUGACAUGGAAGAUGAUGAAAAAAUUCUACAACUGCAUCAUCAUAGUGAGAGACUCGCAGUGGCAUUUGGGUUGAUCAGCACUAACCCAGGGGAGAAAAUCCUGGUCAUCAAGAACUUAAGGUCUUGUGAGGAUUGCCACACUGCAAUGAAGCUCAUAUCUAAGGUCUAUGAUCGAGAAAUAACCAUUAGGGAUAGAAUCAGGUUCCACCACUUUGUCAAUGGUUCUUGUUCUUGCAAGGAUUACUGGUAAAACGAAUGGUAUGCUUCAGUGAAAUUUCACAUCCACAGUGGCCAAGUGGUUGACUAGACUAUAACUCAGUUGACUGAGAGCUAAAAAAAUUAUGAAUUAAGAACCUUUUCAGCUUUUGUAGGUUCUGCAAUAUCCUGAAAAUUGGUUUUCAAUGCCCAACUGCACGGUAUAACUGUUUUUUCCCCCUGAUGCACUCUGCUGUGUUGAAAUUGUCUAGCGUAUACAAUCUGCCUAGGUAGAAGGAUCAUGAACUAAUUUUCCAUCAGUAAGAGUAUUCGAGAUCAUGAUGCCAUGAAAUUGGCUUCAAUAUCAGAUCACUGCAAUUUCACAUAUAUGAGCAUCACAUGGCAUAUUUUGGUUUAUUAAUUAUUAGCAAUUAUUUGUAGUACACUAACAUAAACAGUUCGUAUUCUAGAACACCAUGCAAAUCUUAGCUUAUAGCCUAACAGUUCAUGCAAACACUAGAAUCUUGACAUCCCAAAAAUUUUCUUGCAUGAGCUCCAAUUUGGGUGGUGAACCUUUUAAAAAUAUGUGACUCACUCCACGGUUCUGUAAAGGAAGCAUAUCCAGUUGCAUUCUUAUUUGUGUACCUUCAGCAAAUGAUUACAUGAUUCAUAGGUAAACAAAGAUUAAUGUGUCAAUAAUUUCUGAAGUUCUAACUUAGAGUCACCAAACUUACAUCUCUAGUUGAUUAACCUCAUAUAAAUGCUAUGACAAGAUGAUCAUCAAUUAUUUGUGCUGGUAUCAAAUUUAUUGGCAGGGACCAUUUUAAUUUUAUAUAAUAACUUAAGACACAUCAUUGCAUCAUUAGUCUAUCUUUUUGUUCCUUUGAUGUUUAUUCUAAUGAAUUGACAACCAUGACCGCUACUCCACUUCAAAGUUCAAAACUAAUCAUGAAGCUUUUUAAACAAGCAAGUUGCAAGUGGAUUGAGAAAUUAUUCCUCAUUCAUCAACUGUUGUGUUCUUUUUCUGAAUUUCCAUCGCUAACAAAGAUCCUCAAGAUAGUUAUCAUCUUCCAUAUUACAAUGUCUUAAAUCGAUCUUUAUUCUGAUCCAAUGAUCAACCAUUUUCCCUUGUACUUAUGGAGUCACAUCCCUUCUUGGUUGGGUGUUCAAACUAAUAAUAGCUAGCGAAAAUCUUCAUUUUGCUAUACCCAUGUUUUGCAAAUUUUUCUCUAUCACAAAACCGAUUAAAAAUUUCCAAUUUUGCACCUUUAACUUUUGCAUUUCCUCUAUCCUGAAAACUUUUCAUAAAUUUUUAUUUAAACUCACUAAUCGCUUUUAACCUGUGCUGUAGGGAGUCCUAAAGUUUUUUUUUUUUUUUGACACGCUUCCUGAUCUUAUUUUGAACAGCACGACAGGUGAUUUCAUCAACCCAAUACUCAUAUAAAGGUUUAUUGUUAGGUAAUGUAAGUUCACCCACUUUGGUGACUUCUAACUUGAAAGCUAUAUUAUUUUCACUGGAGAGCAACCGGGAAGAACAAUUAACAAUGUGGUAUGCAAUUUGCUUCGUCUAGAAGUGGACUCAACGAAAGUAACCACCACUGUCAUUGUCAGCUUCUAUCAUGCUUACUAGCCAUGCCUUGAGAGACAAGUACAACUUCAUAUAGAAGUUCAUGAUGACAGAUAUUCAGUUUUUCAAUAGGAAUAUUAACUGGAGUAAUUAUAAGUAAUGACAUUCUCAUGUUGUUUUUUUUCCUUUCCCUCCAAAAGCAUAAGUAGAGAAAAUCCCGUGCCAAUCUCACACUUUUCAGAAGUACAAUACAUACCAAAGGAUCUGUUCGAAGUUCAUAGCUUCUUUCAUUUUGAUUCUACUUGUAUGAGGUGGCACACAACGUGAUAAUAGUUUGCAAAGUAUGGGUAGUAGAUUAGAACUGAAAUCAACAGCUUUUUCUGUCCCUGUUGAUCUACUCUCUCUUUUUUUUUUUUUUUGCAUUUCAUAAACAUGAGAAGAUGAUGUGCAGUACAGUGACCUAAUUAAACAUAUUUCUUUUCUUUUUAUCGCUUUCAAUAAUUAAAUUAGGUUUAGACCUUGAUUCAGAUGCUGUCACAUGUUACCAUCAACAAUGAUUUAUUAAUUCUGUAAGUUUUACUACAGUUGAAUUAAAAUUACAGAAUCAAUUAUUGAUCCUUGUCUAGGAACAAACAAAAAAAAGUACACACUGUUCAAACCACAUUAAUAUGCAUAUGCAUACAAUGUAAGGAUACUAUUACGGUCAGAAUAGCAGGUUCCAGCCUGGGAAAUGCAUGAUAAAUGAAAAGAUAAAAUAAAAAGUCAGGGCCUCAACCUCCUUCAAUCUUUUAUGUAAAAAUUAGAAUGCCCCAAUUUUGGUUACUAUGAAAUUGGCACUUGAUUUCCUCUAACAUGACCAUUGUAUCUCACUUCACAGUUUUAUUGGAACGUAUGUAUGUGUACCGAGCGUGCGACAGAAAAAAACAAGAGCCUGGCUCCAAUUUCUGGUGGCCAGCUAUCAAAAUUCCAAAGAGAAAAAGGGUGAAAGGCAGACAUCAGGGGCAAUCAUAUAAAGCUGGUAUUAUAUUUCUGUAAGCUCCUUUUGUUCAAACAAGCAUGAAUAUUUGCUUAUGCUUUCACCAUGAAACCAACUAUAAACAAUCUUUAAUCCAUUGUAUCAGUUCAAG